UUUAGACCCCGAUUUGAAACUUACUUGCACCUCACAUUUACUUCUCCUUCUAAACCCCUUUUGGCUUUGCACCACAGUGACAAACAUGUCUUCCCGUCGCCGUACUGAAGAAAACUUUGCAGGAAGCAGCUCUGGGUGGGACAUGCCGAGACGCACGCGAGUACCGUCGAUGCCAGUGUCGCGGGAGCGGGAACGGGAGCGGUCACGUCACCGCCUAGAGCAGCAGCGUCUCGAUGCACAUCGACGCCAGUGGAUGCAGAUGGCCAUGGCCGAGCAUGGGCUAUCGGUGUCUAAUGAAUCACUGGCCCUUGCAGCGUCCGACUUUGAUCGCAUCAUGCGCCGAACAAUGAACACAGCCACCCCUCUGGAUGGCAGCAGCAACGGCAGCAGCUCGCAGCAGUCACAGAACGUCCGCAGUCUGCCUCCACUGGCACACCUGGUGCAGGCAGCGUCUGGCAACUUUGCUACUGGCCCAGCCAGCUCGCGGCGGUCACGGAUAGAACCAGCAAACAUCCAGAAUGGCUGGGAAGUCGUGUCUGCGGGUCCCAUCGACAAUGGAGCAGAUCGCCCCCGAGCGCGCAGACGGCUGAGCAGCUCUGGUAGAGCUGGCGCAUCAUCGGCAGCAGCCACCAGCAGCAGUACCGCGCGCAGCGGCUCGCCACGUCGUCCGCUGCUGCUCCGCCCAUCCACACCGCCUCUGCCACCCACGUCGUACCAGAGCAUGCCGCAGCUUUCAAGUGCCACAUAUGCAAACCCAGAAAUGACAGACAGCAGUGUACGCACUCGUGGAGCCAAUGUGGAUAGUCAGAACGCGGCUGAGGACGAAUUUGACGAGGACGACGGAUCGGAGCUGCGGUUGCCAUUUAUCUCGGGCGACGGUCGGGUAUUGCUGUUCGGAAGCGAGGGCGACGAUGACCACGACGAUGACGACGAUGAAGAUGGCGAUGACGAUGACGACGACCUCAACGAUAGCGAAUAUGCUGGUGGUAGUGUUAGUGCGUCGGGUGCUUUCGGCUCUAGUUUUGGAGGCACUGGGUUUCCGUCAUGGGAGGACUUCACAUCCUCUUUCAACGUGCUUGGCGAGCCGCAAGAUGACUUUGACGACUGGUUCCUAUCUAGCAUGCGCGGGAGCGUCAGCAACGUGGGUGCUUCGCGGUCAUUUGGCCGGGAGAGUGCAGUUUUAAUGCCGCUUGGAGAUGCGGCUGAAGCACUACCGGAAUCACGCAGAAUGGGCACUACCGCUGCACUAGGCGCAAAGGGCAGGCAGCCACCCACCAGUGUCAAUGUGAAGCAGGAGUGGAACCGCCGUGCGGCAUGGAAGCCAUACAUCUACCAGGAGCCGGUGCCCAACCAGAACAGCCUGUAUAUGUUCGGCUCUGUACCGCAAGUCAAGCCUCUGGACAUGCUAACACGGGCCUGCGAGUCGUCACGCAUGUUCUCGAUCUCGCCUGAUGCCCGUGUGCUGAGCUUUGACUGUACCAACGCAGACGACAUGGGCCGUGGCAGCGUUGACAACAUCCUGUCUGACGACCGUUCCUUCUUCAUCACCAGCCGUGCCAAUAAUGUCAACCUGGAGUUCUCGUUCCUGUCCGACAACGGCACUCCACACCGUAACCACUGUGCCAUCGAACGCAUCCGCAUUUGCUCGCCAAAGAACAGGUAUGCAUGCACCGAACUGCUGGUGCUGGCAUCCAGUCGCCGGUGUGAUCUGAAGGAGCUUGCGCAAUACAACGACUACACCUUCGCAAUGUACGAAAAGCUGGCAAAGCGCAUCGGGCGACGCGGUGUCAAAGCGGUUGAUGCCAAUGGACCAGUACCAAUCGCCUAUUUCUGGCUGACGUACGAGGAAAACUUUGAUCAGCUGCAGGUUCUGCCGUUCAGCAAGACUUGCAAGUAUGUGUAUGUCAAGAUGAUCCGUGGCCACAUGCCCGACCAGAGAUCCAUGGCCAUCCGCCUCAUUGAGUUCCACGGCUGGGCAGGGGCACGGGCCUUUUCUGAAGUUGCUGUGUGCUGAGCACCAUUCACACCAAUGUUCAUAAAAAUAUAUUCGCGGCUGCAGCUGCUCACUUAAACGU